GUCCCUUUGGUGGAUGAGCUCAGUCACGGUGCAUUGAAAGCUACCACGCUGAUCUGGCUGGCUGCUUCACUGUGCCUAUAGGAAUUGCAGGGGCGAGAGUGGGGUCCGGUGUAAGGUAGGGCAGGGCAGGGCACGGGGAAGCCCAAAGGGAGGCUGACAACAUGAGUGUCCCCAUGCUGAAGAUCGGGGCGGUGCUCAGUACUAUGGCCAUGGUCACCAACUGGAUGUCCCAGACUCUCCCCUCUCUCGUGGGACUUAAUGGCACCAGCAUCUCCAGGGGUGGCACCUCUGAAAGAAUCGUCAGCGGCCUGUACCCCAGUCCCGAGGAGGGCUGGCAGAUCUACAGCUCGGCGCAGGACGCAGAUGGGAAGUGUAUCUGUACUGUGGUGGCACCGGCUCAGAACAUGUGUAACAGAGACCCACGCAGCAGACAGCUCCGGCAGCUCAUGGAGAAGGUCCAGAACAUCAGCCAGUCCAUGGAGGUGCUGGACCUGCGGACAUACAGAGACCUCCAGUACGUGAGGAACACUGAGAGUCUAAUGAAGGUGGUGGACGGGAAGCUGAAGGUGGCCUCUGAUAACCCGCGCAGCCUCAAUCCAAAGGGCUUUCAGGAGUUGAAAGUCAAGGUGACCCAGCUGCUCCCCUUGUUACCUGUUUUGGAACAGUACAAAACCGACGCCAAAAUGAUCCUCAAACUCCGAGAAGAAGUGAGGAAUCUGUCUCUGGUGCUAAUGGCCAUCCAGGAGGAGAUGGGCGCCUACGAUUAUGAAGAACUGCGGCAGAGAGUCCUGCUGUUGGAAACCAGGCUGCACUCCUGUAUGCAGAAGCUAGGUUGUGGGAAGCUCACUGGAGUCAGUAAUCCCAUCACGGUGCGAGCCUCGGGGUCAAGGUUUGGCUCCUGGAUGACAGACACUAUGAUCCCCAGCUCAGACAACAGAGUCUGGUACAUGGACGGCUACUUCAAAGGACGCCGUGUUCUGGAGUACCGCACCAUGAAUGACUUUAUAAAGGGACAGAAUUUUGUACAGCACCUGUUACCACACCCCUGGGCUGGCACUGGUCACGUCGUCUUCAAUGGCUCCCUGUACUACAACAAAUAUCAGAGCAACAUCAUCAUCAAAUACCACUUUCGCUCUCGCAGUGUGCUCAUCCAGAGAAGUCUUAGCGGAGCUGGCUACAACAACACUUUUCCAUACUCCUGGGGUGGGUCUUCUGAUAUCGAUCUAAUGGCAGAUGAGAAUGGACUUUGGGCUGUGUACACCACUAUCCCAAAUGCGGGGAACAUCGUUAUCAGCCGUAUGGAGCCCCAAAGUCUGGAAGUACUGCAGACUUGGGACACUGGCUUCCCCAAAAGAAGUGCUGGGGAGUCGUUCAUGAUUUGCGGUACGCUUUAUGUCACCAACUCCCAUCUAGCAGGGGCCAAAAUCUACUUUGCCUAUUACACCAAUACAUCCACUUAUGAGUACACGGAUAUCCCCUUUCACAAUCAGUAUUCGCAUAUUUCAAUGAUGGACUACAACCCCAGAGAGAGAGUGCUGUAUACUUGGAAUAACGGACAUCAAGUGCUCUACAACGUUACACUCUUCCAAGUUAUUAAGACUUCUGGGGACUGAGGCAAGCACCAAAUUACUUAUUCAAAUACUGUGAUCAUUGUUUGGGCGCGACUCAAUGAUUGGAGGGUAAAGUCUAUGGGGUAGGUGUAUGGGGACAUAUUCUCUGAUUUUUAUAAAACUGGAUAGAGUGUUAUUAUCCAGAAUCUGAUACGAACUGUGACAGCGACUUCAAAGUACAAAGACAUGGACUGUUUUUGCUUUACUUUCUGUGAUGAGUCCGCAUGGUUCUUCUUUUUAUCUGUGGUGAGAAAAUAAAUAUCAGUCUUUACCAUAUAAUCUUGGUAUUUCUUUGCUUUAUUUUCACUUGGAACCCUGCUGUGUUUUUGGUAAUAAACAAUCGCUGCCUGGAGAAGUCUUAAAAUGUGGUUUAUACUGACAAAGUGUAAUAAUGCUUAUUAAAAGACAGAUGUGUGGAAUGUUUUUUAUUGUGAUUUUUCUUACAACUUCAGAAGUGCUAACCAAAAAGAAUUCUUUCUGUGCUGUGUUUUGGAAACCGAAAAAUGGGCGACUCAUUUGAACAAGAUUUUCCAUCAGUGGAAGCGUUUAAUAUUGACAAUGUGUAAGGACUAGCAAAACAGUUUCUACACUGACACAAAUGUUUGCUUUAGAUGUCUGGGCCAAUAUUGAAUUGUUGUAACUCAGUGAUGCUCGAAAACAGCUGUGUACAAAACUGGACAAAUACAAUCUACACAACAAAUUAGUUGGAAGUUACUACAUUGUACU